AGGAUACUUCGCCCUCCUCUGCCGCUCACCGAGUCACGCCAUUGGCGGGCGAGUGAUGGGGGAAGUGCGGCCCGUCGGGAAGUUGGGAACCUUCUGCCAGUGAAAAGUCUACUUCUGCCAGGGGGGAGAAACCCAACGAAAUCUCGUCAGAAGUUUAACUUUUUCGCGUCGUUCCGUCAUGGAGUUCGGCGACGAGUCGUCGCCCGCGCUGGCGUUCGAGAAGGACGCGUUCGAGCUCACGGCCGAGGACGUUUAUGACAUUUCGUACGUGAUCGGCCGCGAUCUGUUGAAGAUCAGCCGCACGGGAGACGAGGUGUCGGAUUUGCAGUUCCGGAUCGUGCGCGUGCUGGAGAUGUUCGAGACCCUGGUGAACAAGUACAACCUGUCCGUGGAGGAGCUGAGGAUGGAGCGGGACAACCUGAAGAGCGAACUGGACCGCAUCGUGAAGGAGAGCUCCUGCGGACAGGCCACGCACACGGCCGGGCCGAACCAGCUGGUGGUGGACCUGACGGACCCGAACAGGCCGCGCUUCACCAUGCAGGAGCUGAAGGAGGUGCUGCAGGAGAGGAACCAGCUGAAGGCGCAGCUCAUGGUGGCUCAGGAGGAGCUGCAGCUGUACAAGAGUGGGAUUUUACCACGGGCUGAACCAGCCAUGGUGGAAGUUGAUCUGGAGACACCAGCGGCUACGGAGCACAGUCCAGCAACAAUAAAUGAUGCAAAAGAGGAGAAGACGACCAUAGGCAAACUGUUUUCAUUCAGGCGAAAAUAAUACACAAGAACUGAUCGUGUAGAAGAUGAACAGGAUUUGUUGGGAGUUUUCGCAUCAUUUAACCACUUUUUAUAUUGAAUAUUUUUUACGUGUAUUUGUCAACCUAACAAGCACUGUAUUUUUGCACUGGUGAUUUUAACCUAUAAUGGUUUAUUGUAAUAGAGUUGACGUAGUAAAAAAUAUAUAUAUUUCGUGAAACGUUUGAUGAAGGAAUCAAAAGAAACUGGAAAGUAUUAUCUAGCUGCUGUUGGAGUUCAUGUUGAAUGCAUUCACUCAAAAUGAAGUUAUCGAUGGGCUUGAAAUUAAUUCUUCGCUGGGCUUCAUGUAAUCUAAACACACUUUGUCACUCUGAACUCAGUUGUCAAACAGAAACUUUUGAAAUAAUAAUAAAAUGUAUUACAUUUUGAA